CAAGACAAAUGUGGUGUGGGAGACCUGUGAAUAAAUCUCUGGCCAGUUAAUUUCUUUUUCUUUAACCUCAAAGCAGUUGCAUGCAGGUCCAAUUUUUGAGCAGAGCGUUUGUGCCGAGUGUAUUCACCCUUCCCUCUCUGCCAUUUUCCCAGUCUAAAUCCUCCUUCCUCAAAGCUGUUAUUAGCCCUGCUGGGGCAGAAAAUCUAAGUAUGGUAAAGGGUAUCUGUGUUGUUUCUGUUUUGGCCCUUAUGGAGGGCAUUUACUUACUAACUCUAUAAUAACAAAAUACAAUUUUCACUCUGCUGGUUCUCCUAAGCCAGUGUUCCAUUGCCUCCAUUAAGUCUCACUUAUUUCUGUCUGAACUCAACAACCCGGUAAUUGUGGGGUACACAGAUAUUCUACUUAUCAAAGCACUUGGAGCAGUUCUAUCUCCUUUGGACUGCUACCUUUGCAAUUGAGGUUUAAAGACACUGCCAAUCCGCAUGAAACAACAUUUCCACAAUGCACUGACUGUUGCCCGAUACCUUGAGUCAGAUCCAAGAGUUGAAAAAGUUAUCUUUCCUGGAUUGCCAUCUCACCCACAAUAUGAGCUGAUGAAACGGCAGUGCACUGGCUGCCCAGGAAUGAUCUCCUUUUACAUCAAAGGAAACUUUGAACAUGCUUCCAAAUUUCUCAAAAACUUAAAGCUUUUUGCCUUGGCUGAAAGUCUGGGAGGAUAUGAGAGCCUGGCAGAGCAUCCUGCCAUCAUGACUCAUGCCUCAGUCCCAAAGGCAGACAGAGAAGCCCUUGGAAUCUCUGAUAUGUUCAUUCGCUUGUCUAUUGGUUUAGAAGACUCGGAAGACUUACUAGAAGAUCUGGACCAAGCUUUGAAGGCAGCGGUCCUGUUCCUGGUUGCUAUAACGUCGGCGAGAAGAGUCUCAGAGCUGGAGCUUUGUCAUUGGCACGCCAUCUCUGCAUCUUUCAUAAGGACUCCGGGGUGUUGUGGCCAGACCCAUCCUUCUGUCCCAAAGUUGACUCACCGUUUCAUUGUAACCAGGCCAUUGUCCUUCCGUCGUUCUGUCUGAGGCCAGUCCAUCCAUUAGAGAAGGCCUGGCAUUCACUAGAUGUUCGCAGAGCUCUCAAACUCUACCUCUCUCGAACCCACGAUAUCAGGCUCUCUGAGUCAUUAUUCGUAUCCUUUCACCCUAGAACCUUGGGAAAAAGGGUUUCCUAAUCCACAUUGUCCUGUUGGUUGCGGGUUUGUAUUGCUCUGGCUUGUGAGUCCCUUAAUCUCCCUGUGCCAACUAACAUCACGGCCCACUCCACCAGAUCAGCAGCCACUUCGGCUGCCUUCGCAACCAAUGCGCCCAUUGCAGAUAUUUGCAGAGCUGCGGUUUGGUCUACCCCAAACUCUUUUGUGAAGCAUUAUAAGAUUGACCAUUACUCUUCUACUGAUGCCUCCUUCGGGAGGCGUGUCCUGCAACAUGUCCUUUAUGUUAAGUAAUCAGUUGGUGGUCCCUCCCUAAUGGGGGGCUGGUUUGGUGCAUCCCAAAGUGAUGGCAGGCUACCUGUGGAAAAUGGUCCAUUGGCCUCACCUGAAGGGUGAUUUUCACAGGUAGACUGCCAUCAUGGCCCUCCCUGUUGGAGGAGAUCUGGAUGUUCUGUUACACCUUUUAUAUUUUUUGGUUAUUGUGGGCUUUUCUAUUCUGCACUGUUUAGUUAUGUCAAAACCUUUAUGAUUCUGUUGCUCUGUAUGUGGCUCUCUGUUGUUACUAGGGACAUUGUCUCUAUUUUCCUUGCCGCUGGGCCUGUGGGCCUUUUGUUCCUUUCAGAUGUGCCACUUCGGACUCGUUGCGAAUGAAACUGGAGUGGGAGGGGCUGGAUGCCCCAGGUUUUGACUACAGUGCAUUCUUGCCUUCGGAUGCUAGAUGGCAGUAUAACCCAAAGUGAUGGCAGGCUACCUGUGAAAAUCACCCUUCAGGUGACGCCAAUGGACCAUUUUGAAAGGAUAUUGCUAUAUGCCAGUAUACUUGGUUCCUUCUUGUCACUGUUAUACAUGCUGCUGAUUUAUUGUUAAAAUGAUGACUCACAAAAAGACUGGUGCUAAUGCAAAAGGUGGUUUUAGAUUGGUUUCUGAAUCUACUAUUUCUUCCCUGUGCACUGUUGGAAAAUGAAGUAAAAUCAAUUGCAUGGCACCCCACGCAUUGCAUUUAUUAAAAAAAGUCUUGAAUUUGUUUUGGUUUCUGUUUUAAAUUAUCUGUUAAUAUAUAUAUUUAGUCAUCUUUUUACAUUUCUUGUUGAUGAUUCUAGGUAUGUAGAAUCAAGUAUUAAAAUUGAAAAUCAGGCCAAUGCUGCUAUAUUGUCAGCCUAGAACUGACCACUCUCCCCCCCACCCCCCAUAAUUCAGCUAAAGUGAAUAACAGAAUAAGGCUGCAAUCCUCUACUCAUGAAGUAAGUCCAAUUGAACUCAGUGGGGCUAGCUUCUAAGCAGAUAUGUAUAGGGCUGCACUAUAAAUGAAACAAGUAUUGGAACAUGAUUAACACCAAUCAUUCUGCUGGUAACUCAAGAGAGUAAAAAUACAACCAGCCCCACCCAAAGUAAAGUAUCUUGGAACUCUCAUAGAAACAAAUUCAUGUUGGGGCUGGGGACACAUGGAAGAAAGGAGGCAUGCACUGAGGAGUUCCCUUGCUCAUGCAGAAGAUGGAACAGACUUGUUCACUAUUGCUUCAGAGGACAUGCCUAAAACCAGUGGGUGGAAAUGACAGGGAAGCAGAUUUUUAGCUGAACAUUAGGAGAAACUUCCUAAUGUUCAACUGUGGAACAGACUGCCUUGGGAGAUGAUGGACUCUCGUUUGCUUGAGGUACUUAAGAAGAGGCUGGAGAACUGUCGAUAGGGAUGCUGGUCCUGCAUCAGGGGGGAGGGGGUUGGACUAAGGUUACCUUCAAGCUAACUUCCAACUUGGCACUUCUGUGAUCUGAUCUGUGCCCCCCACCCUACCUUGAGAACUCCUGCAACUGCCAGAGGCUCCUGAAGAGCCUGCUUAUGUCCUGUUUGAACACCUGAUUCUGCCCUGUUCUCCUGUUUUGAACAUUAUGGCACUCACCUGCCCUCUCUCUCCUGUUUUCAUCCCUUUUCAUAGUCUCAUUUCCUCCCUCGUCCCCUUAUCUUGUUUUUCCUGGAAUUGCUGCUUCCUCAUCACCCUAGUCUUUUUAUUGUAUGCAAGACAAAGUAUGUGUAACUGAAAUAAUCACAUAUUCUUCCCUUGCCUCUGUUUCCUCCUUCCUCUGUUGUUUCUCUGUGUCUGUUAUAGAUUGUAAGCCCCUUGGGGUAGAGACCUGUUUAUUUUUUAAGUGCCAUGUA